GGGAGGUUGCUGUUGCUCUGGAUUUCCUGGGAGAGUGAUAAUUUUCUGAAAGGAAAUUUCAUUGUAAAAAACAGUCGUUUCUGUUGUAUAUGACCUAGAGGAGACAGUUGGAGAAAACUCUGGAACUGAGGAACAGAACGCAUUCCUGUCUUCCCUGAGGGGGAAAUCUGGCCCCUUCGCCACCCCUGAAAGUGGGUGGGGGCCCCCAGGCAUGGGACUGUGAAGCUUGCAGUGUCCACCCCGCCCCCAGUGAAGCUGCCUUUGGGAAGAUUGGUAGAGAAUGCCCUUCUAAUCUUUCCCUGAUGAGCCUGAAAAAGUUACAGGCAAAGACACCUGCCCUCUUUCACCUGUGACUUGGGGGUGAAGGUCGACCUGGCCAGGCCUGCAGGGACUCCCGUCCUUUCUUUCCUAUGGCCACUUCCUCAGGGGUUGGAACCAUAGGCAGCUGAAGUCCCACAGAUGGGCAACCCCUUAGCCCGGGCAGCGUGGUGCCAUGGGGCAACUGGAGGCGGAGCAUACCAUUUCUCUUUCCUGCAGCCUUUUCUUCAUUUAUAAAUGGGGCAUUGGGACUAGACUGACUGGUUGUGCCCUUGUGCCUUUCAGUUCUUUUUUUUUUUUUCUUUUUGAGAUGGAGUCUCGCCCUGUCGCCCAGACUGGAGUACAGUGGCGCAAUCUCGGCUGACUGCAACCUCCGCCUCCCGGGUUCAAGCGAUUCUCCUGCCUCACCCUCCCUAGUAGCUGGGACUAUACAGGUGCCUGCCACCAUGCCAGGCUAAUUUUUUUGUAUUUUUAGUAGAGACGGGGUUUCACCAUGUUGGUCAAGCUAGUCUUGAACUCCUGACCUUGUGAUCUGCCCACCUUGGCCUCCCAAAGUGCUGGGAUUACAGGUGUGAGCCACCAUGUCGGGCCGUGCCUUUCAGUUCUAAGAUUCUAGUUCAUCUGCUCUCUAAAAUCCUCUCAAAAGCAGAUCUCUCUGGAAAUUCUUGCUGUGCUUUGGGGCUUUGUUGGUCCUGUCUUUGGGUCAGACGGUCCUUGCCCGAGAGACAAAGUUGCGUUAGAAAUUUAAGAGCACAGUGUCCUGAUUGGCCCCUCACUGUCACUUUUGAUUUGGACUUGAGACCCAGCCAGGCUGGAGGAGGAGGAGCCAGAUAGGACAUUCUCAGGCUGCGAAGGGCUUUUGUCCUGUCCUGAUCCCAGGGACUCCAGUCCCAACAUGGUGCCUGAGAAAAAGUGAAUUGGGUGUCCUGGGUUCAGACCCCUGGCCGCAGCUUCUGGUUUGAUUUAAAAUAAUCUCUCAGUUGCUCUGUGGCCUAUGUGAAAUUGUAUUGCUGUUUCUGUGGAAAAGGAAUUAGUUCUUUUAAUACAUAGUUUAAAAAAAAAAAAAAAAACCCUUGAAAGUUUAGAUUUUACCACUGCAGUUACAAAAAGAAUUAUCUUAUUAGGGUUCACAGAUGUGCCAUUGUUCUCUGUGACAGGGGAAACCUUCCAGCCUUAAAGUGCUGAGAGAGGAAGGGACUGCCCACUUGCAGAGGGGAAGGUGGCAUUUCAUAUUCCUGUGUCCUCCCAAGUACAGGGUGAAGCAAUUCUCCAGUAAACCACUUGAAACCUUUAUUAUACUGUCAGACUGAAUUAAGAAAAUUAUUGUUACAGUUUCAGUAAGCACUUGAAAUCAAAAUGGAUGCUGUUGUUUAAAAAAAUGGUGGUAAAAACACACGUACCAUGAGACUGACCAUUGGUAACGUUGAGCGUGUUGUAACGUGCAAUCCCAAAUGGUGCCUUUAUUUUCGCUUGGAACAAGAGUCAUCAUGAUUUAGCAGAACACGCAUAUAUUCUUAAUCAAUCAAAUGUGGAAAGCUUCGGCAGGCCACGCUGUGUCCAUCACCCAGGAUGACGCGGGAGCCGACGACUGGGAGACCGACCCCGAUUUUGUGAACGAUGUGAGUGAGAAGGAGCAACGCUGGGGUGCCAAGACCGUGCAGGGCUCCGGGCACCAGGAGCACAUCAACAUUCACAAGCUGAGAGAGAAUGUUUUUCAAGAACAUCAGACCCUUAAGGAGAAGGAACUUGAAACAGGACCAAAAGCCUCCCACGGCUACGGAGGGAAAUUUGGCGUCGAGCAGGACCGAAUGGACAAGUCAGCUGUUGGCCACGAGUAUCAGUCGAAACUUUCCAAGCACUGCUCGCAGGUGGACUCGGUCCGUGGCUUCGGAGGCAAGUUUGGUGUCCAGAUGGACAGAGUUGACCAGUCUGCCGUAGGUUUUGAAUACCAGGGGAAGACUGAGAAGCACGCCUCCCAGAAGGACUACUCCAGUGGUUUUGGCGGCAAGUAUGGCGUGCAGGCCGACCGCGUAGACAAGAGCGCCGUGGGCUUCGACUACCAGGGCAAGACGGAGAAGCACGAAUCACAGAGAGAUUACUCCAAAGGUUUCGGUGGCAAAUACGGUAUUGACAAGGACAAAGUGGAUAAGAGCGCCGUCGGCUUUGAGUACCAAGGCAAAACGGAGAAGCACGAGUCGCAGAAAGACUAUGUGAAAGGGUUUGGAGGAAAAUUUGGUGUGCAGACAGACAGACAAGACAAAUGUGCCCUUGGCUGGGAUCACCAGGAGAAACUGCAGCUGCAUGAAUCCCAAAAAGAUUAUAAGACUGGUUUUGGAGGCAAAUUCGGUGUUCAGUCGGAGAGGCAGGACUCCGCUGCCGUGGGGUUUGAUUACAAGGAGAAGCUGGCCAAGCACGAGUCCCAGCAAGACUACUCCAAAGGAUUCGGCGGGAAGUAUGGGGUACAGAAGGAUCGGAUGGAUAAGAAUGCAUCAACUUUUGAGGAUGUCGCCCAGGUGUCCUCUGCCUACCAGAAGACGGUACCUGUUGAAGCUGUGACCAGCAAAACAAGUAACAUCAGAGCUAACUUUGAAAACCUUGCUAAGGAGAAAGAGCAGGAGGACCGGCGGAAGGCAGAAGCGGAGAGAGCUCAGCGGAUGGCUAAGGAGCGGCAGGAGCAGGAAGAGGCCAGGAGGAAGCUGGAGGAGCAAGCCAGAGCAAAAACACAGACGCCCCCUUCGUCGCCCCCACCCCAGCCGGCUGAGGAGAGGCUGCCUACGAGCCCCGUCUAUGAGGACGCGGCUCCCUUCAAGGCGGAGAUGACCUACAGAAGUCCUGUGAGUGGGCCAGAGCCGGAGCCCGUGUAUAGCGUGGAGGCCACUGACUACCGAGAGGCCGGCAGUCAGCAGGGCCUGGCCUACGCUGCAGAGGCUGUCUACGAGAGUGCAGAGGCCCCGGGCCGCUAUCCUGCAGAGGACAGCACCUACGACGAGUACGAGAACGACCUGGGGAUCACAGCCGUCGCCCUGUACGACUACCAGGCUGCGGGCGAUGAUGAGAUCUCGUUUGACCCCGACGACAUCAUCACCAACAUCGAGAUGAUUGACGAUGGCUGGUGGCGUGGGGUGUGCAAGGGCCGGUACGGGCUCUUCCCGGCCAACUACGUGGAGCUGCGGCAGUAGGGCCGGCCCCACCCCGCGAAGCUGCGCCCCAGGUCCUCACACUACAGAUCAGGCCUUCGUUGGUUCUUAGGUUUUGGGUUUUUUCUUUUUUUGUUUUUUUUUUUUGUUGUUGUUCUUUUUUUUUCCUGGAAGGUGGGGAGGGGAAUACACACAUUGCUUUUAUAUUUAAUACUUUUGCUGAUGCUUUUGAAAAUGUUUAUGCCACAGAAUUUGCUAAUAUAUUAUAAUCACGUUCUUCAGGAGGACUUUGGUCAUUGGUUUUAUGCAUCAAUUUUUUCCUUUUUUUUGGCCAAAUUGACCGUCACACGUGGCAGUGUCAGGGAGCUCGCGUUCUCUCGAGUGCAUGUCACCCUCAUGCCCGUGAAGUGCGGUCAGGACCUCCCGGGACAAGCACGAGACCUCAGGUUGGCCCUGCGGUGGGUGGGAACCACUGUCCCAGACAAGGUGGCUGCUCUAGAGUCUCGGUGUUUGAGAGGAGAGGGGCGGGUCUGAUGGAAGUUAGCACAGAACUAAGUCACCCAGAGCACAGGAGCUGCCACGCUAGAUGGGAAAUCCUGUCUGUGUCAUAACUGUGACAGCCUGCAGGAUCAGGUGACUGCUAGCAGAGACCCAUCCCCUGAUGCCCAGGUCACCAGGAGGGCUGCUGGGAGCACCUCCUGCCCACGCCACGCAGCGUCACUGAGUCCUGGAAAUCCUCCCUGUCCCGCUUGUCUCUGGAUCGGGACUCACGGUGCACUUGAGGUCUGUGUCUGCCCUGGCUUUUCGUACAGGCUGGUGCUUGACCGUCACCCCGAUGGUCUCUGGGCCACCAGGCAGCCUGGGGCGGUGCGUGUGCCAUGUCGCAGCACAGCCUCUCUGCCCUGGGAGGAAAGGCGGUACCUGCUCUGCUGUGAACUGCCGGGAGCCCUCCUCCCAUCAAUGGGGGUGGAGUAUUUUUGCCAAAAUAUCCUGUUCAAUUACGGGAGCGUUUUAUCCCCUGAAGGUUAGACAGUGUGAAGUGCAGAUACGUUAGUGUUCCUCCCGAGGCCCCAGCUCCGGGACACUGCUGUCCGGGCAGUUGUGGGCACUCGCCUCCUUCCCGAGUUGCCGGGAGGCUGGACCAGCCCUGUCGUGCCGUCAGGUGGGCAGUGCGCCUUUCCAGUGGCCCUGUCUCGCGACUUGGGUCGCAGAGCGCUCGUGGAGCGCGUGGUUUUGCUCCUGACGUGCAUUUCCCAUCAUCCUUGCUUUGCCGGGAUGAGCAGUUAGGUCGGGUUUUACUUGCAACUUGUGUAUCCGAACUCCUGUAGCACACCUCAUAGGUAUGAUUUUUUUUAAUUAAAGGAUUCAGAAUAAACUUUUUUGAUCCA